CGUUACUAACCACUGCACCGCGCAGGAGCUCUGGCAACAACCACAACGGAGGAUUGGAGCAUAGCAAUACUGCCAGCGAAAUAACAACAGAGAAAGAUAGCUGUCUGAAUACAAGGAUGGCAGUGAAUGUGCACGCUACGUCUGUGUCCUGUGACACCCUGAGCCGACAUGACAUGCUGGCCUGGCUCAACGACUCCCUGCACCUCACCUACACCAAGAUAGAACAGCUCUGCUCGGGGGCAGCGUACUGUCAGUUCAUGGACAUGCUGUUUCCAGGCUGUGUGCUUCUAAAGAAGGUCAAGUUCCAGGCCAAGCUGGAACACGAGUUCAUACACAACUUCAAGGUUCUCCAGGCUGCCUUCAAGAGGAUGGGCGUUGACAAAAUAAUUCCCGUGGAGAAGCUGGUAAAAGGAAAGUUCCAGGAUAACUUUGAGUUCGUGCAGUGGUUCAAGAAAUUCUUUGACGCCAACUAUGAUGGGAAGGAGUACGACCCGCUACAGGCCAGACAGGGACAAGAUGUGAACCCCGCCCCCAAUCCAGGUGAUCACUUUUCCCACAGACCAAAGAGAACUCAUGGCCCUGCAGGCCCCCAGAGGCACUCGCCCACGGUGCCCAAGAUCCUACCCACGCCCCAGAGGGUGCUGAACACCACUGUGCAUGUGAGGAAGGCACCGGCCCUGACGCGGAACGGGGGCACAGACGCGGAACUCUUGGAGCUAAAUCAACAGUUGAUGGAGCUGAAGUUAACGGUGGACGGACUAGAGAAGGAGAGAGAUUUCUACUUCAGUAAGCUGAGAGACAUUGAGCUGAUCUGUCAGGAACACGAGAGUGACACCAACCCUCACCUCUCCAGGAUCAUGGACAUUCUCUACGCUACCGAGGACGGCUUUGCUGCUCCAGAUGAUGACGAGAUUGAUGGACAGGCCCACUUGGACCAGGAUGAAUACUGAGUCUCUAAUACCUUCUGUCUAUUCACAUCCCCCUCUCCCUCCUCUAAUAGCUUCUGUCAAUUCACAUCCCCCUCUCCCUCCUCUAAUAGCUUCUGUCUAUUCACAUCCCCCUCUCCCUCCUCUAAUAGCUUCUGUCUAUUCACAUCCCCCUCUCCCUCCUCUAAUAGCUUCUGUCUAUUCACAUCUCCCUCUCCCUCCUCUAAUACCUUCUGUCUAUUCACAUCGCCCUCUCCCUCCUCUAAUACCUUCUGUCUAUUCACAUCUCCCUCUCCCUCCUCUAAUAGCUUCUGUCUAUUCACAUCUCCCUCUCCCUCCUCUAAUACCUUCUGUCUAUUCACAUCUCCCUCUCCCUCCUCUAAUACCUUCUGUCUAUUCACAUCUCCCUCUCCCUCCUCUAAUACCUUCUGUCUAUUCACAUCCCCCUCUCCCUCCUCUAAUACCUUCUGUCUAUUC